AUUUGACAAAAGAAGCGGAAUUUGGAACCUAAAUGCAGGCAUAGUCGAAGAAUUGCCAGCAGAUUUAAUCCUAGGAACAAACUUCAUGUUAGAAUAUAACGCAGUAGUGGACAUGAAAGGAAGACAAUUUGCUCUACAGAACGAAAUGACAGGACAGUUAACGAUAGUACCUUUGACGACCUAUGGCAAUAUACACUAUAAUCCAACUCAAGUUAAUGUCAUAACCCUGAUGGAAGUUGAUGAACCAAACGCAAUGCAAAUAGAUCCACCAGACGACCAUCCUGAUUGGCAAUGCGAAAAAGGACCUAAAAGUUAUAAGUGCAUAAGAGGUUACCCUCCAGAGGAUAAUGUGCCACCAUGUGAGAAGUGUAGACUGAAACUUAGAGAAGAUGAUGAAUGGUUGGCAGCAAGUUCAGCAUUUAAUCAAGAAAAAGAGGCAUGGCACACAAAUAGUUGGGAUAAACUUCGUAAGAAAAGGGAAAGUGAUGAAAAGAUCGAUGAAGCUUAUGAAUUGUUUCCUAAAGGUGCCACGUUGAAGCCAAAUGGACAAGUGGUUGUGAAGAAUAUGGCCAUUGGUGAAGUAGGAAUGGAUUGGACCAAGUAUCAUCCAGAAUGGCGACCAAAGAAGGAGAAAAGGAAGGACAUUCUCUACUACCAUAGAACUGCCCAAUGGAAAGGAAUGUUUGUCGACACACCCGAGGUAGUGGCAAGGAUUCACGCCCAGCAAGAGGAAUUACAAGAAAUUAAAAGGCAGUACCAGGAAUCCCAGAAGCAAGAAGCACAGAAAACAAAUACUUACCAGGUUGAUGUACCUUAUGUUGUGCAUUAUCAGAAGAUGCGAAAAGUUACCUGCAAAAUUGAAGAUGAAGGAUGUCAGAUUGGUGAUGACUAUGUUGAAUGGAAGGAUAUACGGAAAUUUCAGCAAGAUUUCACCCGAAGACCAAAAUACCAACAGAAGCCUUAUCAUUACAAAGGACCCGACACGCAGUGUUGGUGUGGAGAACGUAUGGAAUCACCAAAAGAACAUUGUAGCAUUUGUGUUUGGAAAAUACAGACAUGCAGAACUAUUACGCUCUUACCUGACGAAAAGUGGGAAACCAGAGGAAUCCUCCAAGCUAGAAAAUGGACCCCAAAGGCAGAGCUUCCUACUCCAGUUCAUCAGGGCUUUAUCCUCUAUUCGAAUGAAGACAUGUUAAUAUGUGGGCAAGAGUAUGUUCCAACUGGUAUUGAAAUCAAAGUACCUGAAGGCAUGUCUGCAAUGGUUAGUUCAUUGGACAACACAAGUAGCUACAUCGUUCCUGCCACACUAAUCCAAACGCACGGUCAGAUUAAAGUCCCUGUAAUCUCCACCUAUGGUGCUCACAUAUCAGCAAAACAGCCCAUAGCCAAACUUACCUUCCUACAAAUUGCAGGAGCUCAACUAGUCGCAGCUGGACAACAGAAAGAAUCUAAACCAUCGCCAUUCAUGAAGAAUUUGACACCUGAUCAAGAUGCCCAAGUGCAAGCCUUAGUGAAAGAAUAUGAUGACAUUUUUGCAGAAGAUUUAAUCGAACUCGGACAAACAACACAUAUUAAGCAUCAAAUUCCAACCCUACCUGGUGCAGUAGCAUAUUCAAAAAGGUAUCGACAAUCCUGGGAAAAUGAAGACUUUAUUACAGCUGAAGUAGAACGAAU